UAUUCCUCAUAAUCUACGCAUCAAACUCAGCACCGCGAGAGGGUUUUUUGCACGUUUUCCCUUUUCCGGCAUUUUCAGCCGCCGCCGCCGCCACCACCUUCAGCAAUGGUCAAUGUUAUGAAAGGAGUCCUCGUUGAAUGUGACCCGGCUAUGAAACAAUUCCUGCUGCACCUGGACGAAACACAAUCGCUCGGCCGCAAGUUUAUCAUUCAGGAUCUGGACGAACGGCACCUGUUCAUCUCGACGGACAUUAUCGAGACGCUGCAGGCCCGGGUGGACGACUUGAUGGACCGGAUCAGCGUUUCGCUGCACGAGAAGGAAGCCUAAGCGAGUUCAAUCGGAAACAAAAAAAAA